AUGCAAGCAUUGAUUCCAAUUGUGUUAAACGCGGAAGAACAAGGCAAUUCACCAACACCAGCACGACUCUCCGAGAAUACCAGUAAUACUACCAGCAGCAUGGCCGAAAAAACAAAAGCAAAGGCAGUCGACCCAGCAAACUUGUCUGCCCAAGAAGCCAAAGCCGUUGCCGAAGCUACCGCGUCUGCAGACCGUUCCUUCACUCCCAGUCCUGCCCUUUUGAAUAGCAAAUCUCCUACUGCCUUGUUGGAUCAAGUCGAUGGACCAUCUCUUGUCAAUUACAGUGAUACUGAAAGUGUCUAUGUCGGUUCCUCGGUUCCAAUCUCAGCAGGUGGCUCUUUGACUGUGCCCAUUCAAGUGAAUACUCCUGGAUCCAUUGUCGAGUACGCCGCAGAGAACAAGUAUCAUGAUAUUGGAUUUGGAAUCACUGCUGAACGUGAAGAAGGAAUUACCGUAGUACAGGAAAUGUCACGAUGCGAUGCCAGUGAAGUCCCCAUGUUGGGAAAAUUCUUGGUGGGCACUGUCCCCUGCUUGUUGCAGUUCAAGUUUGACAAUGAGUAUUCCUGGAUGAGAGAAAAAGUGGUCACCUACAAGGUUACCAUUACUCCCCCAAGCAAGGAAACCCUCAUUUCGGGACGACGACGACGCGCCGAAGCCUGCAAACGGGCAGUCGAAGAAGAUCUCAAAAGUGCGGAUGAUCGAUUGAACAAGGCUCAAGACCAAAAGGCCAGCGUGCAAAAGGAAUUGGAGGAACUGAAGAGACAACUAGAACUAAAGCAAAAGUCACUUAAGGUGGUCGAAACGGAAGAGAAGUGGCUCAAAGAACGAGUCGCUCUUCGUAAGGAUCAGCACAAACUCUUGCAACAGCGUAUGGAUCAAGGGUGGGAUGAUGAAGCUGAUGUCAAGACCGCAAAACAAGCACCCAAGAAGAAGUAA